AUGGAUUGGUCGCAAGACGAAACAUUUAAGUUCAUAGAACUAUUUCAAAAAGAACGAAUAAUUUGGGACCCUAAACAUAAAUGCCACAAGAACAGCCAAAAAGUUAGCGAUGCAUGGGCGAGAUUGUCCGAAAUAAUGGGAAGAUCUCAAACAGAAUUAAAAAACAAGAAAAAUUCUCUCAUGGCUACAUUUCGCCAGCUACUCCGGCGCAAAAAACAAUCAGUAAGGUCCGUCGCAGGAGAAGAUGAUAUUUACAAGCCAGUGUGGUUGUAUUACGAUGCUAUGGAAACAUUUUUGGCAUCCAUUUACGAGUGUAACACCACAGUGAGCACUGAAGAAAGACAAAUAACAUCAGAUCCAGAUAAUGUCAACGAGGAUAGUGACAAUAUUGAUCGCCAUGGUAACGAACAAAAUAACGAGCUUAUUAGUGACAAUAAUAAUGCCCAGAGCAAUGUACAGAAUAGCGAGAAAGACAAACCAGCGAACAAUAAAAAAAUAUUUAAAUCACCUGUCAAAAAAAAGCGUCCUCGUGAAGAUUGCGACACAGAGAUUCAGAAGAAUAUAAAAGACACGGUAUCUAAUUUAAACAGCAUAUUAUUGAACAGGAAGGAAACUGACGAGUGCGACAUGUACGCGCAGUUAUUGGCUACAAGAUUACGAGAAUAUUCAAAACAAGAACGGCGUCAGAUUAUGCAUCGCAUUGAUGGGCUACUUUUGGCAAAUCCACCACAACAAUUGCAGCAAUUUAACCGAUACUCCAGAUCUACACCAUCGCCGAUACAUUCUAUACCAUCUUCCUCUAACUCUCCGAGUUAUAUACCAGACCGUCCUACUUCUCGUAACAACUAUGUCUUGCGACCACAACAUUCCCCCGUACAAAUAUCUAUCCCGAAUACACAUUCAGCAACUGCCACUAUUGAUACCGUUUUACCAUCACAAAAUUUCACUAUCCUUUCUGACGAAAUUACGCAGCCCUAUGCUUCUCAAAGCAUCAUAGAUACAGCGCUCAUAAAUGCUUUAAAUGACAAAUACAAUUAAUUUUACUAACUUUAUCUAUGUAAGUACUAAAGUAUAAAAAUAAGAAUACUAAACUUACAACUAUACUAUAUACGUUGGUGAUACCUACAAUGUAAGUUGAUGAUAGUAAAUAAGGACUACGUUUAAGCUUAAAAAUACGUAAGUUGAUGAUUACUGUAUACGUUGGUGAUACUACAGUGUAAGUUGAUGAAAAUAAAUGAAUACAUACGUAUAAGCUUAAAAAUACGUAAGUUGAUGAUUAUUCAGUGAUGUUACUAAAAAAACAUGCAUAAUUUAGGCUACAUACAUAAUUUUAAUAAAUACAUGAUUGACUAAUCAAGUACCUACUUUAAUUUCUUACCUUUAUCUGAUCCUUUAGCACUGUGUUGAUAGCAUUACAGACAUCUUGUACAAUGAUUGAGAUGGCUGCACUGGAAACCUUGAAUAAGUAGUGAAGGCUCCUGUAGCUGUCGCCAGUAGCUAAGAAUCGUAACGUUAUAGCUAAGCGCACUUUUGCUGGGAUGGGUAUUCUGAGUCUAGUCUUUUGCUUUUUAAUCAAAGGUUCUACUUUGCUUAGCAGAAAAUCAAAAUCAUUUGGUGACAUUCGGCAAAAAUUCUGAAACUCGCCAGAAUCUUCAUUCAGCAUUUCUUGAAACAUUUCGACGCCUCCUACGCAUAAAGUCGGAACACGUUUUUUGAGUAAAAUUGUUUUUUUGUGCCAUUAGAACACUAUUAAACAGCAAUACACAAUCCUGAAACCCAAAUUUUAAUAUUUUCUAUAAAUAAUGAGUUUUUGAAUUGAUAAUAGUCGUAACAUUUGAACGCUCCCGCGCAAAUCGUCGCGCUUAUAGUUCUGACGAUGCGCUCCGAUCUAUUGGACCUCAGCCGGCUUUUCAGAGCGCAGUACCGACGUCGUAUGACACGAACUAGCAUGCACAAAGUCUCUAAUUUAAAUGUUGAAAAUAAUAUUGAUGUUGCGUUGUUUUUGUUUACUUUUGUUCGUUAGAACGUGUGCAAUUAUAAAUUAGUGAAAUGAGCAACCUACGUUCGUCUAAGAUUUUGAAAUUAGUGUUAGAUAAACCCAAUCCAAACAGCGAAGUAAUGACGGCCGACGAAAAUUUUGGAAUUGAAUCACCGGUGCCACUUGAAGCUGAAGACCAGUGGAAUCUGUACAAGACGAUGUUUGGGCACUCUUUUAAUAAAAGUAGCAGUGAUAUUGACAACAGUUUUGUAACAAGUAUUCACGAAGUAACGUCUAAUACGGAAGCAAAAUCCUCACUGUCGUCUGCUAUGCCAAAUGAAAAAACUAUAAGAUGUAUGGAUUCAGAGCUAUGUGCUGAAGAGUUUUCUCACGAAUCAGCUGAUAUAAUAGAACCUUCUUUAACACCAAUGCCCUCCCCGAAUAACGAUUUUUUCGAGUACAGUGUGGCCACUUCAACUCCGUUAUUUAGAAACUCAUCUAUUUGUGAUGAUAAUAAUUAUGGUUCAACUAGUAGUGUUAGUAGAGGCAAUACACCACAGCUUAGUAACGCUUCGAGUCAGGAUUCUUCUGUAUGUUCGUCAAAUGAAAGUACACCGUCAGGCAGAGUUGGAAGAAAGCGUCACCGUCGCCGUGAUGAGUGGAAAGACGU